AACCCUGACUUGAGUGAAGUUUCAAUUUUCUAGUGGAAGUUUUGAAGUUUGAAGUGUUUCGAAUCAUCAAACGGAUUUAGUUAUAAAUAUUAUUAUUAUUCUCUUCAUCUAGUAUUAAUUGAAUGUUAUUGAAAUUUUAAUCAUUAAUCAAGACUUGCCCAUUCAAUAUUUCAAGUACUUGUGUAAAAUUAGCAGUGAUACUGAUAAAAAUAUAACAUGCCUAAAAAAGGCGUUGUUAUGAGUCCUGGUGCCGGAAAAAUGAGGGCCAAAGCGAAAUCCCGAAGUGCGCGUUCCGGCUUGACAUUUCCAGUAGCUAGGAUUCAUAGAAUUUUGAAGCAUGGAAACUUCGCUCCUCGGGUGGGUACAGGAGCUGCCGUGUAUUUAUGUGCGGUCUUGGAGUAUUUGUCAGCAGAAAUUCUAGAGUUAGCUGGAAAAGCUGCCGAAGAUAAUCAUAGGAACAGAAUAUCACCUCGUCACAUACUCCUGGCCAUACGCAAUGAUGAUGAACUGAACAGGAUGCUUGAGGGUGUGACUAUAUCACAAGGUGGAGUCAUGCCUCGCAUCAUGCCACAGCUCCUGCCAAAGAAGACAGCCAUUAAGAACACAACUAAAAAUACAUCUUCACAGGAAUAUUGAUGCCGAUAUUUAUAAUUAUAAUCUCUAAGAUACUUCCUGAUAAAAGCAUUCUGUCAAUUAUUAGUUGAGGUUUAAGAUAUGAUGUGCAAGGCUUUCUUUUAUUUUUAUUAUAUGUUAAGAAAGAGGCCCUAUAAUGAGUGAAUGUCUUAAAGUUGAAGUAAUUGUAUCUAAAAUGUAUUUCACUUUUAACCUGACUAUGGCUUUGGUAAUAUUUUUAUUUAGUAUAAAUGUAGUUAUAAAUGUGUGGUUUUGAAUAUCAUGAAUGUAUUUGAAGUCAAUAAUUGUUAAUGUGACAGUGGUGUUAUAUUUUUUUAUUUAAAAUUUAUACUCAUAUGCAGAACAAACUGUGCUUUGAGGCCUAAAUGGUUUAAAAUAAGCAUUUAGAAUUUUCUUAUUUGGAUAGUUGAUAACAAAAUCCAUUGGUACACUUUGUUCAAAUUAUUUUUCUGUAAUGUAUUUAUGUAAGGUAUAUUUAAAUUAAAUCACAAAAUUGU